GGCUCCGAGUCAUCAGGAAUGGACAUGGAACGCGUGUUCCAUCGAGGCAGUGACUCGCAGAUGUCAACUGUAGGUGGCCAAAUAAUUUCCCGCUAUAUAUAACUACCUCCUUUCUUAACCACGUUCAUUUUCUUGACACCUUCAUUACCAAUUUCCUUUUAACAGAUUGACCAACUCGAUAUUGCUCAAUUGUCCACUCUUUUCCGCUUGUAAAUUUCCUAACACGGAGCUAACAAAUGGCAGCUCCUUCGGGCACCCCAGAGGGGGAGAAAGCGGCCGAUGGAGCCGACGAUGCUCAGAUACUGAUCAAGCCUGAUGGAGAAAAUGUCGAGAAGAAAGGCACGAAUGGUUUCCUGAGAGUUUUCACUUUUGGCGACACCAAGCUCUAUGUCCUCGAAUGCAUUGCUGUCGUAGCUGCUAUUGCAUCUGGAGUUGCCCUUGCCAUGGUCAACGUGGUCAUCGGACGAUUCAUGACACUGCUUAGCAACUUUAGCUUCUCCGACGCAAGUUCAAUUCCUGACAAUUUCAUGUCUGCCGUGCGAACAUCAGCUCUCUACUUCGUUUACAUCGGUAUCGUCCGACUAGUGGCUACCUACAUUUAUUCCUCCCUCUUCACAUAUGUGGCGUACCACUUGACCCGUAACGUCCGACAAAGCUAUCUACGAGCUGCCUUUAGCCAGGAAAUUACCUUCUACGACAUGGGCACCUCUGGCUCCAUUUCCCAGCAGGCCACAACUAAUGGCAAGCUCAUCCAAUCUGGCAUAGCAGAGAAGCUCGGCAUCGUCUUCCAAGCCAUUUCGACAUUCUUAGCGGCAUUCGUGAUCGCGUUUGUCAAGCAAUGGAAGCUGACUUUGAUCCUUAUAUUUAUGGUACCAACCCUGCUUAUAGUGCUCGGUGGAGCCGGUGCCGUAGAUGCCACGAUUGAGACCAAAAUCUUGCAAAUAUACGCACAAGCUGGUAGCUACGCGGAGAACAUCCUUGGAGGAGUUCGUACGAUUGAGGCCUUCAGCCUUAGAUCGAGGGUAAUCGCCAAGUACAACUCUUAUCUUCAGGAUGCGCACACCCAGGGAGUGAGAAAGAACAAGAUUUAUGGCCUCGUGUUUGGAGGGGAGUAUUUCAUCACCUACGCUGGAACGGCUCUAGCCUUCUGGCAGGGUAUCGCCAUGCUUGACCGUGGCGAGGUAUCCGAUCUGGGAACCGUCUUUACUGUUCUUUUCUCAGUCAUUAUUGCUGCGAGUACAAUCAUGCAAAUAAUGCCGCAUAUGGUCACCUUCAGCCGCGCGGCAACCGCAGCUUCAGAGCUGUUCACCCUCAUCGACAGGCAAUCCGAGAUCAACCCAUUCGACGAGUCGGGAGACAGGCCUGACAACAUUGCCGGCGUCAUCGAUCUGCAUGGUAUCAACUUCAGCUAUCCUACGCGCCCAGAUGUCACCGUCUUAGAGGACUUUACCCUGAGUAUCCCGGCAGGCAAGGUCACGGCUUUGGUGGGACCGUCUGGCUCGGGAAAAAGUACCAUAAUCGGUCUUCUCGAACGGUGGUAUAACCCCUGCGAAGGCAGUAUCUCCUUAGAUGGCAAGGACAUCAGCCAGCUCAACCUCAAGUGGCUGCGGACCAACGUCCGUCUAGUUCAACAGGAGCCGGUACUCUUCAACGGAAGCGUGUUCGACAACAUCGUCAACGGCCUCGUGGGCACCAAAUGGGAAGCAGCAUCAAAAGAGGAUCAAAUGCAGCGCGUCGAAGAAGCCGCAAAGCUCGCCUUCGCCCAUGACUUCAUCCAGGACCUGCCGAAAGGAUAUCACACGCGGAUCGGUGAGAGAGGUGGUUUGCUUUCUGGGGGUCAGAAGCAGCGGAUCGCCAUAGCCCGUAGCGUCAUAUCGGAGCCAAAAAUUCUACUUCUUGACGAGGCGACCAGUGCACUUGAUCCCCACGCUGAAGGCAUUGUCCAGAAAGCUCUAGACAGCGCCUCGCAGAACCGGACAACAAUUGUUAUCGCACACAAACUCGCGACCAUUCGGAACGCGGAUAAUAUUGUAGUCAUGUCCCAGGGAAAGAUCAUGGAACAGGGCCGCCAUGAAGACCUGGUAUCUACGAAUGGGGUCUACGCCACUCUCGUCAAAGCCCAGGACCUGGCACCGGCUAACAUCCAAAACCACGGCUCGGAGAGUACGUCCGAAGGUUCAGAAAAUGGAGAGGAUGUCGAUCGUGUCCAGUCUCUUGCCAAAAUCGGAACGGCCCAGGCACAAAAAAUGGCAGCAUUAAAGGACCGAGAAAACCACGACUUGUACGAUAAAUCGGGCAUAAUUCGCAAUAUUUGGAAGCUUAUACGCACAACACCCGAGCUUUGGCUUUGCUUCGCAGGCACACUGGCCACAUGCGUUGCUGGAGCCGCCGUCAACCCUGGACAAGCCCUCUUGCUAGGGGAAAUAAUGACAGUUUUUACUUCUCCAGACUUCGUCUCUCGCGGCAACUUCAUCUCACUGAUGUUCUUCGUCAUGUCACUUGGCAUUCUCGUCGUAUACUUCUCCAUGGGCUGGUUGACCAAUACUAUUGCACAGGCUCUCAGCAAGAAAAUGCGACGCGAAAUCCUAGAAUCCUUCCUCCGACAGGAUCUCCAAUUCUUCGACCGCCCCGAAAACACCGUAGGCGCACUCAUCAGCCGGCUCGACUCCUACCCACAAGCUAUUCUCGAGCUCAUGGGAUUCAACGUCGGCAUAAUCAUCAUGUCGGUAAUCAACAUCGUCGCAUCAAGUGUCCUCGCAAUUGCCAUCUCCUGGAAACUAGGGCUAGUCGGCGUCUUUGCCGGGCUUCCGCCCAUGAUGCUUGGCGGGUAUGCUCGCGUUAGGCUCGAGGCCAAGAUGGACGAUGACAUGGGCGAGAGGCUGUCGGCGAGCGCUUCAGUAGCUUCGGAAAGUGUCAUGGCAAUCCGUACCGUUUGCUCGCUGGCUAUCGAGAGUGCAGUGCUGAGGAAGUAUGUUGAUGAACUGGAUCACGCGAUCUCGAAGGCUCGCGGGCCUAUGUUUCACAUGAUGACAUGGUUUUCACUCACGCAGUCUGUUGAGUAUUUUGUACUGGCUUUGGGGUUCUGGUGGGGAUCGAAGUUGAUUAACGAUGGAGAAAUCACCUUCUACCAAUUCAUCGUAUCGUUUAUGGGUGUUUACUUUUCCGGACAAGCCACUGCUUUGGCUUUCAGUUUCGCCAGCAGCUUCACCAAGGCGAACCAAGCCGCCAACUACUAUUUCUGGCUGGAUGGACUUGAAGGCAACAUCCGUGAGACCGACGACAACCGCGAAAAGGAACCCGAGCACGGUUGCGGCUCCUAUGACUUCCAAGACGUGCAGUUCUCAUACCCUUUGGCGCCAGAUAACCGCGUUCUGAAAGGCGUAUCUCUAUCUAUCCAACGAGGAGAAUUCGUAGCCUUUGUCGGCGCCUCAGGAUGCGGCAAGAGCACCAUGAUCUCGCUCCUAGAACGCUUCUACGACCCUACAAGCGGGGCCAUCACCAUCAACUCAUCUACCCCAUUAUCAUCCCUGAAUCCCCAUCUCUAUCGCCAGCAGGUAGCCCUAGUCCAACAAGAACCAACCCUUUUCCCAGGCACAAUCCGCGAGAACAUCUCCCAGGGCGUUCCAGACUCCAACCUCAACGCAGCAGGACUCGCAUCAGACGAGGUACUAGAAGAGGCCUGCCGCGCAGCAAACGCAUGGGACUUCAUCUCGUCCCUACCACAAGGCCUCGAAACGCCAUGCGGGAGCGGGACUUCAGGGAGCCAGUUGUCAGGUGGACAGCGGCAACGCAUUGCCAUUGCGCGCGCACUGGUGCGUAAACCUAGCGUUAUCCUACUUGAUGAGGCGACGAGCGCGUUGGAUACCGAGUCUGAGAAGCUGGUGCAGGCGGCGUUGAUGGAGGCGGCGGCGGCCAAGGACAGGAUUACAAUUGCGGUUGCGCAUCGGCUUUCGACGGUGCGGGAUGCGAAUUGUAUUUUUGUUUUCUAUGCGGGGAGGAUUGUUGAGGUUGGUAGCCAUGCAGAGCUGGUUGCGAGGGGUGGGAUGUAUGCGAGGAUGUGUGAGGCGCAACGGUUGGAUGGGGCAGCGUGAUUCUAAUUCUUCCCUGGGAGGGUUGAAUUAUACCUGUAAUAUAGUCCGUAGACGGCGUGGAGAUAUUUUUUCUUUGUAAUACUUAUAUAUAGAGUAAUAGACCAUUGAAGUCUUUUAAGAUU